UCUAAACGAAAAAGCAAUUGAAACGGAAAGUUAUUGCAGAUUAGUACGGAGUACCUCUUCUCUUUCACCUACAAUUUUCUCCCAAAUCAAAACCCUAAAAACGCGGAGUUCUCGCCGGAAAAUAUAAUUUGGUAGGAGCUCCCGGUUAAAUCCUCCGUUACAUCGGCAAACCUCUCCAGAAAAACCUUGUAAGUCCAUUUUGCUUCCUAAUUGAAACCCCAAAUACAGCUUAUAAAACUGAUUGAAACCCUAAAAUGCGGAAUUUUCGCCAGAAAGUAAUCUGGUCGGAACUUCCCGUUGAAGUCCUCCGUUCUAUCGCCAUCCACCUCAAGGGAAACCGCAAAGACGUGCAAAACUUCCGAUCAGUUUGUAAGAAAUGGCGGCGAGCCACCGCUAUCUCCGCCCUCUUGCCUUUCGUCAUGGGUUCCGAAACUCUGUUUUCUUCCUCCGUUUAUCUCAUCCGCCCUCCUGUUUCCGGCACACCGUGGAUUGUCGCUUCUGUGGAAAUUACCAAAGGGGAAUUCGAACUCUGCAAUCCUCUCUCCGGUGAGCCUCUCUUUGAUAUUCCUGAGAAUUUUACCUUAGAUCGGUUUCAACCUCGUCGUCUUUCUGUUGAUUACCAUAUGGCUGAUGAAGAGGAAAUGAAUGAUUGUUCGAGGGCACUUUCAUAUCAUGAGAAAGUGUUGCUUUUUUUCAAGGAUCGGAGUAUUCCGUCCAUGGUUGAUGAUGGUUCUUUGUUGGUUUUAUUUAGAGGGGGUCAAUUAGGUGGGUCUCCACCAGUUAAGCCGGAGUAUCAGUAUGGAACGGAACUUCCAUGGUUUGACAUAUCAUAUGGUUCACUUGACAAAUUUGAUGAUAUUCUGAGUUUUAGGGGUGUAAUUUAUGCAUUGGAUAGACUUGGGAAGUUGUACAGGAUGUUUACUGAUCAGUUUGCAGUACUUAAAACCUUAGUUGAAAAGCCGGUGAUUAAGCCGGAUUGCGUAAACAAGGGGUGGGGGAAACGUUUGGUGGGAUCAUCAAAAUCUGGGGAUUUGUUUAUGAUUAUGCGGAUCAAUGAAAUGGUUAAAGUUUUCAAGUUGUGUAAGGUUCAUAACAAGAAGUCAUGGAGUUGGGUUAAGGUUAAGAGUUUUGGGGAUGAUCCUAUGGUGUUGUUUGUUUCGAAAGUUUACAGCUUCUUUGUUUCAGCUGCUGAAUUCCCUGGUUUCGGAUUUGACAACUACAUUGUCUUCUCCAAUGACGCCUUCCAUCCCUAUAGUAAACCUAAUGAAUCCAAGUUUUCUAAAGAAAAUAUUCAGAUUUUCUGGUUAGGAGGACAUAUUUUCAUGCCUAUUGCGGAUUUCAAACCAAUUGCAGAUUUCCUGAAAUCUGGCCUUUUUUCUGUGCCGGAAUGGGCCUUGCAGGCUCAAUCAUCUCCAUCUCCGCCACAUUAUCAAAGUAAUCCUGAGGAAGAUGAAAUGAUGGAAUCAGAUGCAACCAAUCAAAAUGGUGCAUCUUCACAAACUCAUGGCUCAGCUCCCUCAAAUACACCUAAAUCUGAGAAACAGAACACUAAAAUCCAUUCAACCUCGGCAACUCAAGGGAAAUCUUCAUCCCAUUUGCCUGUUUCUGAGAUUCAGCACAAAAAAGCACCAGAUAUCUCAGAAAAUAAAGUUUCUAUCGCGGACUUUCCACCUGUUAUUUCUUCAGUACUGGCUUGUGAACCAAACAUCGGGCUUCAAGGUUUAGAAUCUCUGGGUAUCAGGCCCAAUCUAUUGCCAACUUUGCAAAUGAUUUGGAACAAGCAUGGGAACCUUAUUGGAGAAAAAACCGUGCGCAGCAAAGUCAUGUUAACCCUUACCUUAGAAUCACUAGCAAAUAUCAUAAUAUUUCUCCAAAAGACUACACUGAGGACAUUGACUGAUUCCUUAGCUCAGGAACUCGCAUCCAAUCUGCAUGACCUUCAAUGUGUAGGCUUAAAGGUAGACUGGUUAGUUGCUUUUGUUGAGUGGGUUCUGACACUGCAUAAAAGUAAGCCUCUGAUUGAGUCUAUAAUGGCUAUUAACAAGUCAAAAGCUCAAAUUGAUGAAAAGGAAAGAGAGUUCCUUGCUCGUAGUGCUAAAGUGAAGCAAGAACUUGAUGAGAAAAAAGCUUGUUUGUCCGCCAAACUUCCAUUUCCGGAACCAAUAGAUCUUGAUCAGUGUCUGGGAGAGGGACUUCUCUGAUUUGUAAAUGCAAUUUGCUGUGUAGUACGUCUUCUGACAGUCCUUGUGUUUGUUUUAGGAAUAUGUUAUGUUUUAGGAAUAUGUUAUGUUUUAGGAAUAUGGUAUGUUUUAGGAAUGUCUUGAUCCUUUUUAUUAUGGAAAAAUGCAGGAAUUAUGAAGAAAUGCAGGAAUUUUGAGACUUUUAGUCUAAUUUGUCAUAUGCUUUUAUGAAUGCCUUUAUCAUUUUUA